AUGCCGAACACAAACCAUAAAACAGACCUGUCACCGGCUUUAGCCCCUGAAUGCCGAGCACUCCCUGCCUCAUGGUAUCGGAGGGAUGAGAUGUAUCAACUAGAGCGCCGAGCAAUCUUCUCAAAGAGAUGGCUGCUUGUCACUCACAAGUUACGCUUCAAUAAGCUGGGAGACUUCAUACGCUUCGAACAGGCGGGAUAUGCGUUCGUGCUAUGCAUGGAUAAAGACGGAACUAUCAAUGGCUUCCACAAUAUCUGUCGGCAUAGGGCUUUCCCCGUGGUCACAGAAGACACCGGAAACGCGAGGAUAUUCUCGUGCAAAUACCAUGGCUGGUCGUAUGGGUUGAAUGGCCAACUUGCCAAGGCCCCUCGCUUUGAGUCUGUGCCUGGCUUCAAUAAAGCAAACCACAGCCUAUUCCCUAUCCAUGUGCAGGUGGACUUACUGGGCUUCGUCUGGGUCAAUCUCGAUGCAUCGCCAGUGCCUGAAAUAAAAUGGGAGGACGAUUUUGACGGAGUUGACAGGCAGGAACGAUUUCAGUUUUACGACUUUUCGAAGUAUGAUUUUGAUCACGUCUGGGCCAUGCAAGGAAAUUACAACUGGAAGACACUGGCCGACAAUUACAAUGAAUGUUACCAUUGUCAGGUUGCACACCCGGACGUCAGUAAGUUGGCCGACUUGGCAUUCUACUAUACAGUCUCGAAACCCGGCUACAUUCAGCACUUUUCGCGGCCCAAAAAGGGCAAAGAGGACGACGAUAUCAAAAAUGUUAGCACCUAUUAUUUUCCGAACGCCUGUAUGACGGUCACGCCUCAUUUUUUCUACAUGAUGCGAUGCGUCCCAACAUCAGCGACGACGUGUUCUAUGGAGUAUGAGGUUUAUCGCCACAAGGAUGCCACAAACGAGGAGUUCGAACACAUCGAUUCCUUCUUUAAACGAGUUCUCGGAGAAGACAAGUACUUGUGCGAUGCAGUCCAGAGAAAUCUGAACGCCGGUGUCUUCACCAACGGAGAGCUACACCCUGAUUUAGAAAGCGCGCCAAUUUUCUUCCAAAAUACCGUGAGACAGCUUGUGAUCGACCAUCGCAGGAAAGAGGACGACAAAGGAGAGGAGUUGUGGCCAGCUCGUCGUUUCUUACCUCAUUCAGGAGCCACGAAUGACGACGGUGCGUUCUGUGAUGGAUUAGCUUGCAAGGCUUCUCAGGAGAUGGAAACAGAGUGGUGA